AUGUCUACUUUAAAGGCCAGAAAGGAAGAGUUUGUUACCGGGCUUAGUGGUGGCUCGAUUGAAGAAAUUAAUAUUGUUACCUCAGUUGCUUUAACGUCGUAUUUUUGUUGGAACCUUCUAAAUGAGGCAAAUGGCGACAAUCAGUUGAAUAUAUUUGUCGAUUUUGCACUUAAUUGGUUAGCACUUUUAUUUUCUAUUACACUAUAUGCUAGUAAUAUAAAAUUGUUGAGUACUCUGAUGACUGUACCGUGUUUAAUAACGUUCAUUUACUAUAAAUCAAACAAAAGAGUAACCUCAAAGCAAAAGCAAAAAAAACCAAUUGCCAAUGAUGAGCCAUUUCAACUUUUGAGAAAACCAUAUAUAUCUGCAUAUAGAUCUGGAAUGUUGAUUUUAACGUGCUUAGCAAUCAUUGCAGUUGACUUUCCUAUAUUCCCUCGUCGUUUCGCAAAAGUGGAAACAUGGGGCACUUCGCUAAUGGAUCUAGGUGUUGGUUCAUUUGUGUUCAGUAAUGGUCUAGUAUCAUCCAGAAGAUUGAUGCAAUCAAAGACAAGAGUUAAUAUUUUUAAACGCCUGAUUGGCGCUUUGCGUUCCAGCAGCAGUCUUUUAGUUCUAGGACUUCUAAGAUUAUAUUUUGUAAAGAACUUGGAAUAUCAAGAACACGUAACAGAAUAUGGUGUACAUUGGAAUUUCUUCAUUACACUGGCUUUCCUUCCAAUUGUCUUGGUGUUUAUUGAUCCUUUAGCAGAAUACAUUCCACGAUUUGUCAUUGCUUUAAUAUUUUCUGGUAUAUAUGACUGGAAAUUAGUUUAUGAUCCAAAGUUUUUGAAGUUUUUGAUUUUAGAGGAUAGAAACAAUCUAUUUACUGCAAACAGAGAAGGUAUAUUUUCGUUUAUUGGCUACUGUGCAAUUUUUUUAUGGGGUCAAAGCACAGGUUUCUAUCUAUUGGGAAAUGUUCCAACUAUUAAUAAUCUGUACAAGAACUCUACUGUAACUAUUGACCACAAGAGAAAAUUAACUGGAUGGAAUAAGUACACCACAGUCAGACCUCUUUCUGGGUUAUUAAUAUGGUCGGCUAUUCUAAUUACAUUAGAUCAAUUGAUCGUAGCAUUCCAUCCACACGAUAUCUCCAGAAGAUUUGCUAAUUUACCAUACACUAUUUGGGUUGUUGCCUAUAAUGUUGGGUUUUUAACCAUAUAUUGUGCAGUUGAUCAAUUGUUUGGAAACUACAAGAAAAAAUACAAUUUACCUGUUUCGCUGGAAGCUAUGAACUCCAACGGUCUUAUUCUGUUCUUGCUAUCGAACGUCAGUACUGGUUUAAUCAACAUGUCAUUCACUACUAUUGAUUCAAGUGAUUACAUGGCAUUACUAGUAUUAAUUAGUUAUGCUGCAUUUCUGGCUAUAGUUUCAACUAUUCUUUACAAGAGAAGAAUUUUCAUAAGGUUGUAG